CCUAGGCUUACUAGCUUCCUCUGCGAUAUCUCCGUGAGAUCUGUUUGCCCUAAUCUUCUCGGCCGUUUGAUUCUCCAUCUCCGUCGAAGACACUAUGGCGCCGAAAAAGGACAAGGCCCCGCCGCCGUCGUCGAAGCCGGCGAAAUCCGGAGGUGGCAAGCAGAAGAAGAAGAAGUGGAGCAAGGGAAAGCAAAAGGAGAAGGUGAACAACAUGGUGUUGUUUGAUCAGGCCACUUAUGACAAGCUUCUCUCUGAGGCACCCAAGUUCAAGCUCAUCACCCCAUCAAUUCUUUCUGACCGUAUGAGGAUUAGCGGGUCACUUGCAAGGAAGGCGAUUCGGGAGCUCAUGGCAAGAGGGUCGAUCAGGAUGGUGUCUGCACACUCCAGCCAGCAGAUCUACACCCGUGCCACCAACACCUGAGAUUUUGGGUUCUCUAAAGUGUUCGAUCAUUUCACUGGGAAUUUUACAUCUAUCAUGUACAAACAUCAGAUCCGUGUUUUUGUUGCAUAAUUAUUCGUAGAGACCAUUAUCUCAACUCCCCGAGUGUUUCUAUGACAUCUUUUCCCCAUCCAUCGUUUGAUCCGUUCGUUUC